AUGCUACUGUGGUUGUUUUUUUUACUUACCAUAGUAAGUGCCAGUACUAAGGUAUAUGAUUUCAACAUAACCUAUGUAGAUGCCAACCCUGAUGGAGUUCAUGAAAGAACUGUUAUUGGAAUCAACGGAGAAUGGCCAGUCCCAACUAUAAGGGUUAAAAGAAAUGACCGAGUUAUCAUUAAUGUUGAUAAUCAAUUAAGUGAAAAUACUUCAUUACAUUUCCAUGGAUUAUUCCAGAAUGGUACUAACUCUAUGGAUGGUCCACAAAUGGUUACACAAUGUCCAAUUCCUCCAGGAUAUCAAUUUACUUAUAACUUCACCGUAGAUCAAGUAGGGACUUAUUGGUAUCAUUCUCAUACUGGAAAUCAAUAUGGUGAUGGAUUAAGAGGUUUUUUCAUUAUUGAAGAUGAUGAACCUCCUUUUAAAUAUGAUGAAGAGUUAACCAUUAGUGUCGGAGAUUGGUAUCAUAAAGAAUCAGGAGAAUUGAUGAAGAAAUUUUUGAGUAGAUACAAUCCUACUGGAGCUGAGCCUAUUCCUCAAAAUUCCUUAUUUAAUGAUAGUAAGAAUGUCACUAUGGAAGUCAAACCUGAUACCACUUAUUUCUUACGUAUUGUUAAUAUGGGACUUUUCACUUCUCAAUACUUAAAGUUAGAACAUCAUACUUUUACUAUUGUUGAGAUAGAUGGAGUUUAUGUUGAACCAACAGAAUCUGAAUCAUUAUUAGUUGGUGUGGCUCAAAGAUACGGUGUAUUAGUGACUACUAAGAAAUCUUCAAGUAAGAAUUAUCGUUUCAUCAACAUUAUCGAUAGAGAUAUGUUAGAUGUUUUACCACCAGAUUUACAAUUAAUUUCCACCAAUUAUUUCGUUUACGAUAAAUCUGCUACUUUACCUGAAGCUUAUAAGGGAAACAGUGAGAAGAAAUAUGACGAAAUUGUUGAAAAUUUAAAGAUUUUUGAUGAUUUUGAUCUUAUUCCUUUAUCUAAAGAACCCCUUUAUGAUGAACCUGAUUACAUCAUAUCUUUAGAUUUCCAAAUGGAUAAUUUAGGAGAUGGUGUGAAUUAUGCUUUCUUCAACAAUAUCUCAUAUACUCCACCAAAAGUUCCAACAUUGUAUUCAGUCAUGAGUAGUGGGAAAUAUGGAUCCAAUGUGGGCAUUUAUGGUUCAAAUACUAAUUCUUUUGUAAUUCAAUCAGGAGAAAUUGUAGAAAUUAUUGUUAAUAAUCAAGAUCCUGGUAAACAUCCAUUCCAUUUACAUGGACAUACCUUCCAAGUCAUUUAUCGUUCAGAAGAAGGUGAAGAUGAUGAUCCUAUCGUCUAUGAUCCAAACAAUCCUGAACAUGAUAAAUUACCUGAAAUCCCAGUAUCUAGAGAUACUGUAUUAGUGAAUCCAAAUGGAUUUGUUAGAUUGAGAUUUAAGGCUGAUAACCCAGGAGUUUGGUUUUUCCAUUGUCAUGUUGAUUGGCAUUUGGAACAAGGUUUGGCUAUCACAUUAAUUGAAUCACCAGAAGAAAUUCAAAAACAAACAGUACCUUCAAAUCAUUUCGAUGCUUGUAAACCAGGAAAUAUUUCCACCACUGGUAAUGCGGCCGGUAGAACAGGUAAACUUGAAGAUUGGCUCGAUUUAACAGGUGAAUUCUUACAACCUCCACCUUUACCUGAAGGUUUUACUUCCAAGGGAUACUUUGCAUUUUUGAUAUGUACAUUAGUUGCCUUAUAUGGUUUAGUUACCAUAUAUCAAUACGGAAUGGAAGAUAUUAAAACCGUUGAUAACGAAGAAAUCAUGACCAGAUUAAACAAAUUAUUAAAUGACCACGGUGCAUUAAAUGAAGAAGGUAUUAGUUUAAGUAGUAAUCUUGAAGAAAAUUCAAUCUAA